AAACUCUUCACUCUCGACACUGGACAGCUUGCCCUUCUCUCUGGCCGUCUCGUCAGCUCCUGCCCCGCCUCCGGCAGCGUACCCCGCCAGUACGGAGAAGGCUGAUGGACUACGUCGCUCGUCACACCUGUACUUAGUUUGAUCAUCUACUCCACGAUCCAUCUGGACAAAUACAAACGAUGACUCCGCAAGACAGGAAGGCUCGGCCCUUGCCCUUAGAGCUUAUAGCCCAUAUCUUGCACUAUGCCGGCGGAGAGGAACGCAGCAAAAUGCUGCGAGCCUCCCGAAUGUGGCACGAGACCCUACUCCAGCCCCUGUACGCCGGCAUUCACCUUCACACCCCUCCAGGACUGAAUUCGCUGUACACAUCACUCCGCAAGCAUCCCGAGCGCUCUCGAUGGAUAACUGACUUUCGGCUGGGAACCAAGAACCGGUCCGUGAAGGUCGAAUAUUGGAGCCCUGCGGACUGUGUGAAACUCGCGUCCCUUGUUAUGGACGCCCGGCCGAGGCGCCUGGAAGUCCACUUUCACUCGACGUCUAGGAGAAAUGGGAAGCUGUUCUCAGAAACCAUGGGAUAUCUUGAUGGACGGUUGUAUCAUUGUGGUUCGAAAGUCUCACCGGCAACGGAAACCUUUAAUAUCGCACUCGUAUGGAUCUACGCUUCUGAAGCAAAAGCGGUUGAGCCGAUUGAUCGCUCGUUCCAUUGGCUACCGCUACCGCAAUUUGAUGCGCUACGGUCAGUGACAAUCACGGAUCACCAAAUGUUCAAGCAAGCCGCCGAAUGCGGUUGGCGGGAGUUUCCUCUCCUCAAUCAACUUCGAGUGUCAAUUCACAGAGACCCCGCCGCUCAAGAGCUUUGGUAUCUUCCACAAACAAUCCUGUCGCUCGAUGUGGAUUGGUACUCAGGGGCCGUCGCCAUGCAUCUUCCAAGAUGGAGUGAGCCCAACCCUAUGCAUGCCCUUCGGUAUUCCCCACCAGCGGAGGAAGGUUUGGCGAACGCAAUGCAUAUAGAAGUUGCCAAAGAAAUUUGGAUGCAAGAGCUGGCGAAUUACAACGGGGGAGGCGUGUUGGAAAUCAUGAGGGCAGACCCACCAGAAAUCGAGGAAGCGGAGCAUGCCGCUUUCGUUACAAUGUACGCGGACUACGCCGUCGCCAGCCAUAAAUUCGAUCUUGUUCGCGUCACGCAGCUCCCCAGGAGCGUGAGCUUGCUGGACAUGGGAGCACCACCCAUCCCAUCGUCAUCUUCGUCGUAGCGGCCUUUCGCAACGUAUUUGGGAGGACGCAGUUUAGAUGUGGGUUCCUCAGUAAUCGAACAUCGCCUCGAACGGAGCACGGUCU